AUUAGUGCAAAGAAGCAAAGUAUCUCUCCUCUCCUCAUUCACAUCACAUUGCCUUGCUUUCCCUUGUUUUAUAGAGUUUUGCUUGUAUAUACACAGAGUUCUUCCAUUCUCCUCCGUACAGAUAGUUGAUGUUCAUUUGUAUCAGAUUAUUCUGUUUCCCACAAACCAAGUUGAUGUUCGUCUUCCUUCCCUAAGAAAUUAGGAAAUCAAGUUCGGAAUUUUUUCUGAUUCAUUCUGAGGAACCAAACAGAGAAGUCAUAAAAGCUUCCAUGAGUUUUUCAACAGGAUCAGGGGGCACUUGGCAGCCAAUCAUGACUGGCAAUACAACCGCCUCGAGUUACUGGCUCAAUUGGAGGUUCUUGCUUUGUGCUAUUUGGGUAUUGAUUGCCAUGACAUUUUCAGUAGUUCUUAUAUGGAAAUAUGAAGGCUUCCGCAAAUCAAACCGAGGUAAUGGAGAAGCCCAGCAAGAAACAGCAGGAUCUCUGUAUGAGAAUGAAACUUGGACACCAUGCCUAAAAGGAGUCCACCCUGGUUGGCUGAUGGCUUUCAGAGUUCUAGCUUUCAUUGUGCUGUUGAUAUGCCUAACUGUUACCGGUUUGGCUGAUGGUGGCAGCAUUUUCUACUUUUAUACUCAGUGGACUUUUACAUUGAUAACCAUUUAUUUCGGGCUCGGAUCACUUCUAUCCAUGAAUGGAUGCUACCAAUAUUACAAAAGGGUCAGCGGUGAUAAGGUUGGUAAUGUAGAGGUAGAUACAGAACAAGGAAGCUCUAGCAAUGCAGCAAAAGACUCGCAUCCCCCUGAAGCAUAUCCUCCUUCUGAACCUGCUGGCAUUUGGGGCCACAUCUUUCAAAUAAUGUUUCAGAUGAAUGCAGGAGCUGUUCUUCUGACAGACGGUGUUUUUUGGUUCAUAAUUGUUCCAUUUCUUGAAAAGAAAGACUACGGUCUGAACUUUUUGGUUGUUAAUAUGCACACCAUCAAUGCUGUUUUCCUGCUUGGUGAUACCAUUUUCAACUGCUUGCGCUUUCCCUGUUUCCGAAUUGCGUACUUCUUCCUGUGGACAGUAGUUUAUGUUAUAUUCCAGUGGAUUCUCCAUGCUUGUUUCAAUAUUUGGUGGCCGUAUCCAUUUCUGGACCUGUCAUCUUCAUUUGCUCCAUUGUGGUACUUUGCCGUUGCAUUGAUGCAUUUUCCAUGCUACGGUGCUUUUGCUUUGGUAAUAAAGCUGAAACACCAUUUGUUAUCAAGAUGGUUCCCUGACUCCUAUCAAUGCGUGAGGUAACUUCAAUCAAAGGGUGCAGAUACAGGAAGCCAAUCCAAGAUUAAACUAUGAGUUUUCCCUAUAGCAGAUGCUUUGUAAGAAAAACUGAACAUAAUGGAAUGACUGAACUGCUGUAUAGAAUUCACAAAAAUAUCAGUCCAUCUAUGUUGAGUUUUGGAAUAUAAACACAAAAGGGUCAAGUUUUAGGAAGCAGCAGUAUUGGUUAAUUUAUACAUAAUACAUAUAUGUUAGCAGAAUGUGGUAGCUUUGUAAGCAAAAUCAAGAAAUUGAGAAAAGAAAAUUCUUUGUUUCCU